GACACUACAUAGGUUCUAAGAUACAUUGACGUAAUUUGUUGUGAUACGUACCGUAGUUGGUUCGUCUUUGCUGCGAGGUUAAUUUCGUGUGGCAAAUGUAUUCCUGUAAAUAAAUCAUCAGUUUGACCAAAACUGAAGUGCGAACGACAGUGUUAGACUGUGGAUUUAUAAUAUGGACGUGGGGCGUGGUGCUACUGAUUUACGUUUAAACUCUUUGUAUUUCAUUGAUAGAAAAGAGGGAAAAGAAGACUAUGUUUAGAAUGUCAGGGGUAUACACAAAACUUUAUUUAUUUAUUUAUUGUUUUUUAGUAGCUUCUUGCCGAUCGUGCACCAACAUUUAACGAAUCCUUCAGAGUGCUGCUGGCAGCCUGUGAUGAAGGAUCGUCAUAGGUAAGACGAAUCUGACAGGAUGGGGUCAUUUCUCGACAAACCGAAGACUGAAAAACACAAUGAACAUGGCUGUGGGAAUGGGCUGCGUUACGGUGUGGCGAGCAUGCAAGGUUGGCGUGUCGAAAUGGAGGAUGCCCACUGUGCCGUCACUGGUUUGGGUGAAGGACUGGAAGAUUGGUCAUUCUUUGCCGUAUUUGACGGACACGCAGGAGAGAGAGUGUCGGCACAUUGUGCAGAUCACCUACUUGAGUGUAUAGUGGGUGCAGAAGAGUUCAGAAGUGAUGAUGUAAUAGAAGCAAUACGUGCUGGUUUCCUUCGUCUGGAUGCCCGCAUGAGAGCCCUUCCUGAGUUAGCUAGUGGUGAAGACAAAUCUGGUUCAACAGCUGUUUGUGCACUUAUAUCCCCUCACACGGUGUACGUAGCGAACUGCGGUGAUUCGAGGGCUGUACUGUGCCGGAGCGGUCGCCCGACAUUCGCUACCAGAGACCACAAACCAGUUCUGCCCGCAGAAAAAGAACGUAUUUUGCGUGCAGGCGGAAGCGUAAUGAUCCAACGUGUCAAUGGCUCACUGGCUGUUUCACGUGCUUUGGGUGACUACGAGUACAAAAAUGUGGAGGGCAGAGGCCCUUGUGAGCAGUUAGUCUCUCCAGAACCAGAAGUAUCAGCUGUGGUUAGAAAUGAAGAAAAGGAUGAGUUCUUGGUCUUAGCUUGUGAUGGUGUUUGGGAUGUAAUGUCUAAUGAAGAUCUCUGUGCCUUUGUGCGCUCUCGUCUUGCUCUCACAGAUGACCUCGAGAGUGUGGCCAACCAAGUGGUUGACACUUGCCUGUACAAGGGAAGUCGAGACAACAUGAGUAUUGUGUUAGUCACCUUCCCAGGUGUGCCACAGCCUUCAGCUGAAGCAAUGCAGCGUGAACGAGAACUUGAAGAAUUAAUAGAAAGGAGAAUGACAGAUAUUAUAAACCAAGGCGACACAGUGGAAUUUCUCCAUGUUCUUCAGGCCCUUGCAGAUGAGAACAUACCAGGACUUCCUCCAGGAGGUGGCCUUAGUGCAAAGAGGAACUUUAUUGAAAGCGUCUACAAGAAACUGUGUCCUAACAAUGCUGACAGUAAUUCUCCUGAAUCCCAGCGAAGAGGGGUCAGCGAAACAUAAUGGUGACUUUCUUAAACUGUUACUGGUCUGUGUCAUUUUAAUUUCAUGAAUCUUCAAACCAUUAUUUUUUUUCCUUGCAAGAAAAUAUGAGAAUUUAAUGUAAAUGUAAUGGCUGUAACAGAGGAAUAUUUUUUGAAAACAUCUGAAGUUUAUCUUAUGUGAAAGCAGAGAAGAAACUUCCAUUUAAGAUUUAUCUUGCAGUAUUGAGAAAUAUUUUGUUUCAUGUUAAUUUCCUGGAUUGUCAUCCGACUUAUGUACCAUUGAGUACUGUGCAAAAGGCAAAAAGAUAGACAUAAGGAAAUGUACAUCUGCAAAUAUCAAUUGUUUGUGUAGUGGUUUUCCUUUUAAUCUCUGGUGUAUUAGGACGUAUUAGAACAAAUGAUGAAAACUUUUCUGUACAAAGCAUAUUGUUUUGGUUAACUGAUGUGGAAUACUGCAGUUUGUAAUGUCAUAUGUCUUAGUAAGCACAACACACUUUUUGUGCAUUGUCUUCAUAGGUCUGUUAAUGUACAUAAAAAGUAUAUGUUGAAGACAGUAAAGCUGUAUAUAAAAUGUUGUAAUAGAUAUUUUCCCAGUAAAGGUACUUUUCUAGGCUGAACUAAAACUAAACUUCCACCCUGCCCUGCAAGUGCUGUAGAUUUAGGAACAUACAUUAAGUUUAUAAUUAUUGUGUGAAUGAUUUAUUUAUGAAAACUGAAGUUUCCAUGUAAUGUAUGUCAAUAAUUAGUCCUUUCCUCGACUUUUAUUGCUUACACAAUGAGAUUUUGAAGAAGUUGUUGUUGUUCUUGUUUAUUAUUGUGAUUAUUAAUAUUCUUGCUACUGCUAUUAUUAUUCCUUUACUUUACUCCGUUUGUACAUUGUGUUAUCAUGUUGAAAGAUAUGUACAUAUUUUUGUGUGAAAAUUAGAAUGAUAAUACUGA